UGCUUUAUACGUCAUCUCCAAGGACCCUUCCUGUCCCUCGUGUCAUAACAUGGUCGUCUUUGAACUGAGUAACCUGGCAAUGACACUAGCCCAGUGCCGGCUGAAUUAAAAGUGUGAGUCGAGGAUCUCUUAGCCGAAGCCAUGCCUCGCUACGAGCUGGCCUUGAUCCUGAAGGCGAUGCAGCGGCCGGAGACAGCUGCUGCUCUCCGGCGGUCGGUGGAGACUUUGAUGGAGCGGGGCGCGGUGGUGAGGGACCUGGAGAACCUGGGAGAGAGACUCCUGCCCUACAAGAUAACCAAGCACAAUCAAAAGCACACCCGGGGGGCAUACUUUCUGGUCGACUUCUACGCAGCUCCCAGCAUCGUCACAGGCUUACUGGAUCACCUGCACCGUGAUGUGGACGUGGUGAGGCCCACUGUGCUGAAGAAAGACGCCGAAGCUCCCGGCAGUAGCUGCUGUGGCCCCCAACAGUGAUUGAAUGU